CAUGCAGGGCAGCACGCGCGCAGUUGGUCGUCGUCGUCGUCGAUCGAUUCGAUCACGGUCUGCUGUAAUACUACCACUGCUACUACUACUGCUACAGCGAGUGAAACAAAGAUAAACAAGUUUUACUGGUGCAGAGUUUCUGUGUGUGUGUGUUAUACGUGCCACUGCUACGAAAUCGUGUGUAUAUACCGACGAAGACUCGCCGAUGAUAAUUAUUCAAAAAAAAAAACGUGCUCCGAAAGUGUCUUGCAGUCCUCCGUGUGUUACUUUUGUGCGUUACAACCCCUAUGUACCAGUGCUCGCUCGACGUCCAAUGGUGCUGUUCGGUGAUUAUUUAUAUAAUUUCUUCGAAUUAUAUGUAGUUUGCACGCAUGCGAGCAAACGCCGGGCGAAAUUGAGUCAUUAAUAAAUGUGUGAGUCGUCGUCGUCUCGUUGGAGAUAUAAUCCUACCAAUCAAAAUCAUCACCGUGUACAAGAUCUUGGGUCGUCUCUGGCUACUUGCGAAAACAAACAAAAGUGCCUCGUACAGCUCGUUUAAUGAAACUUCCUUGCGCGCGCUCGCGCGAGAGAGUGGUGAAUCACAUGUAUGUAUAUGAAAAAAAAAGUUGUAAGUUAAGUGCCUCGAGAGAAAAAAAGAAGAGAUAAGUAAUUAUUAACGAGAGCCAAAAGUGCUUCUGUGCGUGCCUGUGCCUGUGUGUAUAUCCGUGUGUUUAAUAAAGUUGUGGUAUUUCAAAAGAAAAAGCCCAAAGGGUGUGCAAUAAUAUAUAAAAGCUCGAGCAAACCGAUCCGAUGAUUAUCAGCAUGUCAACGGCGAUGGGCGUACCGGUGGUGUUCGGCAACAAUAACAAUAACGGCAAUGGCGAACAGUUGAUGCUGCUGCGCACGUUGCAGGACAACGAGCACAACAUCAUCGGCAAUAACAAUCGCGUCGUCGUGACGACCACCGGGACGACGCAGCCGGCCAGCAAUAAUAGUUCGCCCAAAGGUGGCGGCAACGUGAGCGUCAUUCAGUCGCAGCGGAAGAGCAGCGAAAAGAGCAACAACAACAACAACAACAACAACAACAACAUUAACGGCAAGCGGAAAAUCGCCGACGUCGACGAGCCGCUGCCGCCCUACGACCCGGCCAGGCUCAAGAAGCACGGCAAGAACGGCCAGCCGCCGCCGAUCGCCGUUGCCAAGAGGAACGCGCGCGAGAGGAAUCGCGUCAAGCAGGUAAACAACGGCUUCGCCACGCUGCGCCAGCACAUACCCUCGCAGCUGUCCCAGACCUACGGCGACCGGGGCAAGAAGCUGUCCAAGGUCGAGACGCUGCGCAUGGCCGUCGAGUACAUACGGGGCCUGCAGAAGCUCCUCGCCGAGGCCGACGGCCUCGAUCCCAAUCAGCAGCAGCAGCAGCUCAUGUCGAUCGAGCAGAGCGCCCAGCAGAUCAUGAUACCCUCGCCCUGCGGCAGCGUCUACUCCCAGAACGGCGGCGGCGGACAGCACAACGGCUCGGCCGAGCAGCUACUCGGUCUGGACGAGUCGCAGCAGCAGCAGCAGCAGCAACGGCAACAUGGCUUGGGUGAGCUGGAGGAUAAUUCGGGGCUGGACGACGGCGCCGGGCCCGAUGCCUACGGGAGCUUGAUGGAGGACGAGGACGAGCUCGACGCCAGGAGGGACGUGAAACGAUUCAAGCUGGACGCCCCGAUACAAAACAGGUUAUCCAACAACAACGGCCAGCAAAAGGUCAUAUUCCGCCGAAAUCGUCUCGCCUCGGCGGACACGGCCACGUCCGUAGUGUACCUGCCGAAGCAGAGCUUCAUAGUCGGCGACGAGGAGAACAUCGAGCCGCUACCGAAUAGAAAUAACAACAACAACAACAACAACCUGUUGCCGGCGUUUUCGACGUCGCUACUACUGCCGCAACAGCAGCAGCAUCAGACACUGACGUCGCACGUCAAGCGCGAGCUGAGGCUCGACGAGGAGGAUGAGGAGGACGAGCUGAGAUCGAACGAGGACGACAGCGGGAUCAUGCUGACGACCUCGACGUCGCCUUACAGCGCCACGGAGAUCCUCGUGGAGAAUCCGGAAACGGGCCGAUUGGUGCCGCUGAAGAUCGAGGCUCAUCAUCAUCAGCAACACGAACAAUUGCUGCAGCAUCAACUGCAGCAGCAACAGCAGCAGCAGCACCAUCAUCACGAGACCGCGGCGCAGCUGGUCUACGUCGAGGGUCUGCCCGCGGCGGCUUACUACAGGCACGAGCUCGAGGCUGUGCCCAACGGCAGCGAGCUCAUGGACGCCGUCAACUGGUGGGAGCCCGUCGAUCAUCAUCAGACUGCCAACGGCGGCAGCAACACGAGUACGACGAGAGGAGGAUUGGGCCAACUGUCGAACCCGCAGCAGCAGCAUCAUCAUCACAGGCUGGCGCACGUCUGACCUCGAAUACAGCUUGUAACACACUCGCGAAUUUGAGUGUGUGCGUAUCGACGAAUCGGUCGUUGUUUUUUUUUUCUACUACUCGAGUGAGACCGACGAUCAUAUACGUGCGGCGAACGACCGUUACACACCGAGUUCUCUCUUCGCACCAGCGACCUUUGUUGUCUAAAAACUCGCAUGCAGCACGGCUACCAUAACAAGUGUCAGCGAGCAAAAGGAGAGGGUUGAAACGCGCAGCGGAAUCCCAAUGCAACUACUUGCGGAGAGUACCCGAGAGAAAGAGAGUUUCACGAGUGAUUGUGCAAGUGCGUCUGUACGGAAAUGCUGCCCUUUUUUUUUUACUGUAUAUAUUCCGAUGAGUGGAUGCUGUAUACGCGUGUAACGAGAUGUUGAUCGUUGCGGAAUGAGAGACGAUUACGUUUUUUUGUAUAGAAACUAUGUACGAUGUACGUCGAGUUAUUUUUUUUUUGAAACAAUGUGACUCCUUAGCGAAAUAUUUUUUAUGACUUUAUACGCGCAAUAUUGUUGUAAUAUUAAAACUUCCAUGAAGCAGAAGCGAGCAAAUAUUUGUUCGAGCCGAAGCACGAGCGAAAAUUAUCGAGCUUUUGGAAAUCAAAAGGAAAAUAAUGAUAACUUCCGUAAUGAUUCUUGAUUACUCGAGCGAGUAUACGGAGGAAAAAUCUCAAAAAAAUCUUACACGUUCUCUACUGUACUUACUUUUUUCACCAUGACUCUAGAGAAUUUAUUAUUAAGUUAAUAAAAAAAUUACAUAUUUACGUGUACAUACGAAGAGAGAGUUUGAGGUGUUUAGAUAUUUUUAUACUUUAUGUAUUUUUAAAAAACAAAUUAAAAGUUAAAAAGGUAACUGUACUUCCAUUGUUUGUACUAUUCCAGGUGAUAAAAGUCUAUAUUUUGUCCCUACGAAACAUACGAAAUGCCUUUCGAAAUUUGCCUUACUUAGGAUCGAUGCGAUUUAAAUUAUGAAUACAAUUUUUAUAUUAUGGUGAUAAUGUAUAUUACAUAAUGUUCAGCGUCACGUCGGAAAUUGUUUUGUAUCAAAGCAAUCAUUGUAUUUCUCGACGUUGCGUAAAAUUCUGUACAUAUCGUUAGAAGUUUUUUUUUUAUCAAGGUACAAACACAUUUCAUCAGAAUAAACGAGCUCCAAAGACGAAUGAGAAAAAUGUAUAUAAUUUAGCUCUGUUAUGAAAAAAAGUUGCUUGAAAAAUUGCUUCGAUUUCGUUGAAGUUUAUACUUAAAAUGUGAAAUGUUUUCUUCGCGAAGAGAACAUCAAUUACGAGCAACGAUCUUCAUUAUCUUUUAUAAUUAAACUUAUCAAAAGAUAAACGCUUUCUAAUCAUAAUGUUAAUAUUAUCGAGAACAAAAUCUGUAUCAUAGUGCCUUAGAAUAUAAAUUUUUUAUAUUUCAAUAU